GUGAGCACAGACUCAGCACUAACAGGCCAUGGAGCAGAGAGUGGUGCUGAUCACGGGCUGCUCCUCUGGGAUCGGCCUCAGCCUGGCUGUGCAGAUGGCCUCCGACCCCGCCAAAACCUACAAAGUCUACGCCAGCAUGCGUAACUUGGCCAAGAAGGAGCGUCUGCUGGAGUAUGUGAAGGGCUUCCACAAGGACACCCUGGACAUCAUCCAAAUGGACGUUACUGACCAGCAGUCUAUCCAAGAUGCCAAGGAGAAGAUCACAGAGAACAGAGUGGACAUCUUAGUGUGCAAUGCUGGGGUGGGCCUGAUGGGCCCACUGGAGACCCUGUCCCAGGACACCAUGAGGCAGAUCCUGGAUGUGAACCUCCUGGGCACCAUUCGCACCAUCCAGACCUUCCUGCCCGGAAUGAAGACCCGACGCAGAGGGCAUGUCCUGGUGACCGGCAGCAUUGGAGGGCUGCAGGGUCUGCCCUUCAAUGAACUCUACUGUGCCAGCAAGUUUGCAGUGGAGGGAGUGUGUGAGAGUUUGGCUAUUCUCCUGCAACACUUCAACAUACACGUCAGCCUGAUCGAGUCUGGCCCUGUAAACACCCACUUCCUGUCCAACCUACGGCAGUCUGAGUCAGGGGACGCCGCGCUCCUGCAGGUGGACCCGCUGACACGCGACCUCUACGACACCUACCUGCAGCACUGCUCGUCCGUCUUCCACAGCGCAGCGCAGGACGCCCAGGACAUCGUACAGGUGUUCCUGGAGGCUAUCCAAUCUCCGAGCCCGUCUCUGCGCUACUAUACCAACAGUGCCCUGCUGCCCCUCACCUCCCGCAAACUGGCCAUGCAUGAUGGCUCCCAGUACAUCAGGGCCAUGAGCAAGCUCAUCUUCUCCAGCUCUGGCCCAGAGGAUCCCUAGAUACAGCCAGAACAAACAACACUAAAACACUAUGACCAGCACACACAACACUACAACCAGCACACACACAACACUAUAA